AUGCGCAGCGGCCGCCAGUCGUUCGCCCUAGGGCUAAUCGUCGCUGUCCUUAUCUGCUUCACCACAGCCAAACCAGUGCCCAAGUGUGACACUUUGUUCAACUUCAGAUCUUACUUUCAACUCGUAUUGGGGGACGCAUCAAUAGUGCCGUGCAUGACGGCAACUGGGAUAUCCACUAUCAUCGGAUCAAGCGACUCUGAGGCAUCUCAAGAACAAGUGGCCAAGUUCUUCGACAGCGUCGAUUGCCGCGCGCUUUACAAUGCUAUGCGCAUCAACUUUCGGGAUAGCGUGCCAGAUUGCACGAUCGACAGCUUUGGCACGAGCAUCAAGCAGUAUGGGUCGCUGGAGUUUGACCAAAUCCGGGCAGUGUACGAACAAGCCAUGCCUGGAAGGAGCGUUGCCCCCAUUCAGCGACGAUAG